CGAGGCGCGCGAGGCUCUCCAUGGCGGGCGAAGAGCGGGGCGCAGCGCGGCUGGCGCUGGCUUCCCUGCCGGGGGCGCCCCGGGACCCCCUGCAUCUUCUCCCUUGCUCCGUCCAGCACCAGGGCCCCGCCGCCGUGGAGCGCUACUUUGCGCCCGCCGUGCGCCGCCAUCCAGAGGGGCCAGACGGAGAGGCCUCGGUGUCCUUCCGUGGCCGAAGCCUGAAGGGGAAGGAAAGCUGUCUUCCCAAAGGAUACGUCGGGUUAGUGCUGGAAGAGGCCAACUUAGGCCUAACGUCCAAGGAACGGGAAGUGGGUGUGAAAUCGACUUUCAGUUCCCUGACAGUGUGGAAUCUCGAACGGACACCAAAUCACAGCGAUGAAAUCGUCAUGGCUCUCGCCUGGCCAGCGAUCGCUCGAGGGAUCCAUGCCCCCGUGGCCGAUGAGGAGUGAGGAAGACCACAGCAUUGUCUGAAGGAAUCUUGGAGAGAAAAAAACACGUUGUGCUCGGACUUUACAAGGCGGACUUGG